CGAUUAGAAAGCGCCGGAAGUGAGCGGCUGGUCGUGGAAGUGUCGCUACAUAGGAAGCUGUUUGUUUAUACCAUGGAGAACAACAACCACAACGAGAGGAAAAGAGCCCAUCCAGAGGAUGAAGAGCCUGAAUCUUCAGAUGAUGAUGACUAUGUACCCUAUAUUACUGUCAAGGAGAGGAAAGCCCAGAUGCUCCGAAAGCGACUACAGAUACGAAAGAAGGGUGUUGUAGAAGAAGAGCAGGACAGUGGAAGUGAUCUGCGAGGGGAUGAAGAUGACAUUCCUUUGGGACCCCGGUCUAAUGUCAGUCUCUUGGAUCAGCAUCAGCAUCUAAAAGAAAAAGCAGAAGCUAGAAAAGAAUCUGCCAAAGAGAAGCAGCUGAAAGAAGAAGAGAAGAUCUUGGAGAGUGUUACAGAAGGGAAGAGCUCUGAUGUCUGUAAAGGAAAUGGCUAAAGGAAUCACUUAUGAUGAUCCUAUAAAGACUAGCUGGCGAGCUCCACGUAAUAUUCUAGCAAUGUCUCAAGCACGCCAUGAACGUGUUCGGCGAAAAUACCACAUAUUGGUUGAAGGUGAGGGGAUUCCACCACCUAUUAAGAGUUUUAAGGAAAUGAAGUUUCCUGCUGCAAUUUUACGAGGGCUGAAGAAAAAAGGAAUUCUGCAUCCUACUCCAAUUCAGAUCCAGGGUAUUCCUACCAUCUUAUCAGGAAGGGAUAUGAUCGGCAUUGCAUUUACUGGCUCUGGAAAAACGCUGGUGUUCACCCUGCCUGUCAUUAUGUUUUGUUUGGAGCAAGAAAAGAGAUUACCUUUCACAAAGAGAGAAGGGCCCUAUGGACUCAUCAUUUGCCCAUCGAGAGAGUUGGCACGUCAGACACACAGCAUCAUUGAGUAUUUUUGCAAAUUGUUGCAAGAAGACAACUUCCCAACUUUGCGUACAGCGCUUUGUAUAGGUGGCAUGUCUGUCAAAGAGCAAAUGGAAACCAUUAAGCAGGGAGUUCACAUGAUGGUGGCAACUCCAGGUCGGCUUAUGGACCUCCUACAGAAAAAGAUGGUUAGCCUGGAUAUCUGCAGGUAUCUGGCUCUGGACGAGGCUGAUCGUAUGAUUGAUAUGGGUUUUGAAGAGGAUAUUAGGACCAUUUUUUCAUACUUUAAGGGUCAGCGACAGACACUGCUUUUUAGUGCAACCAUGCCCAAGAAGAUCCAGAACUUUGCAAAGAGUGCCCUUGUAAAGCCAGUCACCAUUAACGUGGGGCGAGCAGGAGCUGCCAGCUUGGAUGUGAUACAAGAAGUGGAAUAUGUGAAGGAGGAAGCAAAGAUGGUUUAUUUAUUAGAGUGUUUGCAGAAGACUCCACCUCCUGUGCUGAUCUUUGCAGAGAAGAAGGCAGAUGUCGAUGCUAUACAUGAAUAUUUGCUUCUUAAGGGGGUGGAGGCAGUGGCUAUACAUGGAGGCAAAGAUCAAGAGGAAAGAACAAAAGCAAUUGAGGCUUUCCGAGAAGACAAGAAAGAUGUUCUGGUUGCUACUGAUGUUGCUUCCAAAGGUCUGGACUUUCCAGCUAUACAGCAUGUGGUCAACUAUGAUAUGCCAGAGGAGAUAGAGAACUAUGUCCACAGAAUAGGACGUACGGGUCGAUCAGGUAACACUGGCAUAGCAACCACUUUUAUUAACAAGUCAUGCGAUGAAUCUGUUUUGAUGGACCUCAAGGCUCUGCUUCUGGAAGCCAAGCAGCGCGUACCUCCUGUACUGCAAGUGCUCAAUAGCAGUGAUGAUAUGCUGGAUAUUGAAGGAGAACGAGGAUGUGCCUUUUGUGGAGGUUUGGGUCAUCGUAUUACAGAUUGUCCCAAACUGGAAGCAAUGCAAACAAAACAAGUCAGCACCAUUGGAAGAAAAGACUACUUGGCCACAGGUUCCAUGGAUUUCUAA